CUGCAAGAUGGCAGUCGGCAAGAACAAGAGGCUGACUAAAGGUGGCAAGAAGGGUGCCAAAAAGAAGAUUGUGGACCCCUUCUCCAAAAAAGACUGGUAUGAUGUCAAGGCACCAGCAAUGUUCAAUAUCCGCAACCUUGGAAAGACUCUUGUCACCAGAACGCAAGGAACAAAAAUUGCCUCUGAUGGGCUGAAGGGUCGCGUCUUUGAAGUAAGCUUGGCUGAUCUGCAAAAUGACGAAGUGGCUUUCCGUAAAUUCAAGCUUAUCACAGAAGACGUUCAGGGCAAGAACUGCCUGACCAACUUCCAUGGCAUGGAUCUCACUCGUGAUAAGAUGUGCUCCAUGGUCAAGAAAUGGCAGACCAUGAUUGAAGCACAUGUUGAUGUGAAGACCACAGAUGGCUACUUGCUCCGCCUGUUCUGUGUUGGAUUCACUAAAAAGCGCAACAAUCAAAUCAGAAAGACUUCCUAUGCUCAACACCAGCAGGUCCGUCAAAUUCGCAAGAAGAUGAUGGAAAUUAUGACCCGUGAAGUGCAAACAAACGACCUUAAAGAGGUUGUUAAUAAACUGAUUCCAGACAGCAUAGGCAAAGAUAUUGAAAAGGCCUGCCAGUCAAUUUAUCCUCUCCACGAUGUUUAUGUCCGUAAAGUGAAGAUGCUGAAGAAGCCAAAGUUUGAGCUGGGCAAACUAAUGGAACUUCAUGGCGAGGGUGGAGGAGCUGGAAAACCAGCAGGAGACGAGACUGGUGCCAAAGUGGAACGUGCUGAUGGGUAUGAACCCCCAGUGCAGGAAUCGGUCUGAGUUAAAGAAUUCUGAUUUAAAAACUGUAAAAUAAACCUAAAAAAAAAAAAA